GACGUAAACGUUAACGUCCAUGUCCUGAAUUUGAAGUCUACAGAGUGCGACGCCCUUUCCACCGAACCAAUCGCCGUGAUGUAACUUGUAGAACAGUUCAUUCGAUAGAUGUCACAAAUUAGGUGUCCGAUUGAUAUCAGUGUACGUGAUCGACGCGUAUCAAUCGAUAUCCGUUCCACGUUUGAGAUAUCCAGGAAUUAAAGAGGUUGAGGUAUUAAAGAAUGCAGGGAACGAGGAAGAAAGCGUUCAGCUGUAAAGCGAAGAAGCAGCAACUGCAAGCUAAAAAGCAAAGACAGAACGCAAAUUCACUCGCCGGGAAUUAUAGCAGAAACAAUGAGGAACGUAGCAACGAUUCCGAAUUCAGUGGUAUACAGAAGAUUAAUAAGCAGCCGAGAGAUAAUUCUUCGAAGAACAGCUACGCUCUGCAAUUCUUCCGAGAGACCAAGGAAGAGUUGGCGAGGCGAAGGGAACAAGCCAGAUGUACGAUCGAACCUUUGUCUCUGAAGGAUCAAGAAGUAUCCGACGACUAUUUUCCACCCGAAGUCGACAUGCCCAAGAGGCCACCUUGGGACUUUAACAUGACCAAGGAACAAUUAGACUCGAGGGAGCAAAGAUAUUUUACUGAAUAUUUGAAAGGCAUGGCGAAGUUGAGUGACGUCAGUUACUUCGAGUUGAAUCUGGAAACUUGGAGACAAUUGUGGCGAGUUCUGGAGAUGUCUGAUGUUUUAUUGAUGAUCGUGGACAUAAGAUACCCGGUCUUGAUGUUUCCUCCUUAUCUGUAUCGGUACGUAACGAACGAACUUCGGAAGGAUAUGAUCCUGGUGUUGAACAAAGUCGACUUGGCUCCUGCAGCCUUGGUCGUGGCAUGGAAAGAAUACUUCCGCAGCACGUACCCGAAGUUACACGUUUUAAUGUUUACAUCGUGUCCCACGUACAAUUUGCGUGGGAAUACGAAUGAAACGGAAGGACUGAAGCAGAGGCGUAUGAAAGGGAAAUUGCGGAUGGCCGCGGAAGGUGCUCAGAAGUUGUUGGACGCUUGCGAGAAGAUCGUUGGUAACGAGGUGGACUUGUCGUCCUGGCACGAUAAGAUUCGAGAAGAGAUGCAAAUGGAGUUCGACCUGGACGAUGUCGACCAUAGAGAGAGCGUGACGAUCGAAAAGGAGGACACGAGCUACUUCAAGCACGAACGUUACAAGAACGGAGUUUUGACCGUCGGGUGUGUCGGGACUCCGAACGUUGGAAAAUCUUCUCUGAUAAACGCGUUAAUGGGGAAGAAAGUCGUGAGCGUGUCGCGUACGCCGGGACACACGAAACAUUUCCAAACGAUAUUUCUCACGAGAACCGUUUGCCUCUGCGACUGUCCAGGACUGGUGUUCCCGUCUACGGUGCCUAAACAGUUGCAGAUACUGAUGGGAUCGUACCCGAUAGCCCAGGUCAGGGAGCCUUAUACCACGAUCAAAUUCCUAGCAGAGAGGACAGACCUGCCGAAGAUACUCAGACUGCAGCACCCGGACGGCGACGACUCGUGGUCCGCCAUGGACAUCUGCGACGCGUGGGCCACCAAACGAAAUUUCGUGACCGCGCGAGCAGCCAGACUCGACACGUACAGAGCAGCCAAUUCGUUACUGAGAAUGGCGUUGGCAGCGAGAAUCUGUAUGUACGUUUACCCGCCGGACUGGGUCGCUGACAGAGAAAAAUGGGAGGAUCACGCGGAAGUCGAAUUGGUCAGCUGGAUUCAAGCUAGGAACAGAGGGGAAGACGUGAGCGACGUAGGGAAAGCGUUCGUUUCGUCUGAAGAGGAGGAGGAGGAGGAGGAGGAGGAGGAGGACGAGGGAGAGGAACGUUCGCAAAGUCGAAAGAGCGAGAAGAAGGAAGGGUCCGACGAGUCCGCGUCAUCGGAUGCGGAGAGCGACGACUCCGAGAUUCCGCGAGUCGCUAAUAAAUUUGAAGCAUUGUCCGCGGACGCGUGAAGAGGGUCCACGGCUCGAACGGAACUUUUAAAGUUUCCAAUCGGCCAUCCACGAGACAACUAAUUUUGUGAUCGUCUUUUCUGCUCGGAGACAACUGCACAUUUUCGUUUUCUCGAGAACGGAGAAUAGUUACGAGCGAACAAAAGUUAUAUGUAGUUUCCGUCAACGAAAUUUCCACAGACUCUCGAAGAAGAGUUGAACAGUAAAAAAAACAGUCGAAACGAUGUAAGAUCGAUGUAGGAAAGAACAUUUCGUUCGAACUCUGAAAGAGGAGAAAGCUUUUCCUUCGAUUAUUUUUUUAACGUCGUUUAUUAGUUCCUAGAUGUACACUUGAAUUAUCUAUUUACAACAAAGUAGGCUAGAACAUUCUUAACGAAACGUUUCAUAAGUAAAAAUAUUCCGCGUACAUUGCGCGCGUCGUUAUUGUUUUGCAUCUAACGAGUUUCAGUUGUCGAUACGGCUGUCGUAUAUACAGUUCGUUUAGCGUUCUGUUUCGUUGGUCCACUAUACAGCAAAUGUAUUCGUUAUAUCUUGUGUAGAAGCACAAUAAUGAUAAUAAUCAUUGUUUAUUUCGCUAAUCGAAGUCGAUCGGAAGAGGAAAAUGUGUGUGACGACGAGUCGUCUAAAGUCGGCACAGGUAUUCUCACACACGAGUAACAGCUAUCCUGCCGAAACGUGAUGAGACGUAGGACGACGAGGUAAGUACGUGAACGCUGAGCGACGCGAAGCUACAAUUAUUUUUUUCGAGAAAUUAUUGUUUGAUCUAUGCAAUUAAGUGAUCGACCCGUUCUGUUACUAUUGCGUGUCGGCUUGUUCUCACCGAUUCGGUGUAUCUAACUGUGAAAAUAUAACUGUCUGUUCGAA